UUUUUGAUUUUCGAUAUCAGAUGUCACAUCCUAGUUUGGGAAUUACUCCCUCAUUCUUUGAACGGCUGAUAAGAACUUGUGGAAAGUUUGUAGUGGGUGUACGUCUGUAAUUUCACUGCGGAAAACUGUUGGAGGCAAAGACAAGAUGUCCAGGGUUGCUUAUCUGGGCCUUUUGUCGCUGGCCUACAUCUUACAGUCACAUUUGGCUGUUGGAUCCUGCAAUAACCCACCCUCACUAGGUCCUCAUGGCCUUAUUCGGGUCCUCCCAGGCAGUGUCACCCAAAGGAUACAAGCAGUGUACGAGUGCGAACAUGGUUACUUCCUGGCGGGGCCGGGGAAACGAAGAUUAGGUGUUGAUAGUUUUAUACGAGUAUGCAUAAUAGGCGCAUGGCCAAUGCCAAGAGGACUCCCUCGGCGCCCGCAGUGUUUAUUGAAAUCAAAAUGCCAUGCCAACCCAACAAGCCCUAGGAACGGACAAAUGGCCGGCCAUUGUUGCGAUGACCGUGACACUGUGACCUUCACCUGCGACCAAGGUUAUACGCUCGCGGGUGCCGAGAUUCUGCAAUGUUCCGAAGGUCGAUGGAACGGUUCCGCUCCACAGUGCACAAGAGGUCCAGUCUGCCAGAGUCCACAAAAACCCAAUGGUAUUGUGCGGUCCAGAAGAUCGGGCCGAACCUUCAUGCCCAAUGACGUCAUCAGUUACAAAUGUGACGCGGACCACUACUUUGAGAGGAUAGAAGAGAAGGAGAACGACUAUGCCAAUUAUGACGACUCUUCUGAUGAUGCCAAUGCUGAUGAUGCCUAUGCUGAUGUGGGGUCGGUGUUCGUUAUUUAUGAUUACGCACCGCGCAAGAUCAAGUGUAUGGGAAAUGGGCGAUGGAACAUGCCUUUCCCAGAUUGCCACGCGUUCACGUGUGACCCCCCUUCUCCGAUUCGAAACGCUGUCAUCGACUUCCAAGGGCCCCAGAGUUCUCAGUACAACGGUGGCAGAGUCAUCUCCUACUCCUGCAGCCAGGAAUAUAUUCUGGUUGGUCCGAGUCACAGGAAGUGCAGCAUGAAGGUCGGAGGAUGGACAGGAAAUGACCCACAAUGCAUCCAAAUUCGCUGCCCGAAACCAGAGGCACCAGAGCAUGGCUACAUUGAUAAUGCCCGACUCAAUAAAGAGGGCGACACUAUCCACAUCAGUUGCAACCGUGGUUACACGCUACAGGGGUCGUCCAGCAUGACCUGCGGACAGUAUGCUGAUUGGUCCGGGACAACACCCACAUGCCACAAGGUAAACCUUGGGAGUGGAAAGUGCCAGGCUCCCGUCAUACCGUUCGGUGGGAGAAAAAUCGGUCGUGACAGUUAUCGCCUGAACCAAGUCGUGACCUACAAGUGCCAUGGUAGCAACCGCCUAAUUGGCCCGGAAAGCAUCAGAUGCACGACCGAAGGCUGGUUGCCAAGUCGACAGCCGAAAUGCCAAGUCCCAUUUAGCUACGACAACCCGUCAGAGCUUGCCAAGAAGUUCACACGUCUCUUCAAUAAACUCGAGAACAAGACAAGCGAAAUUGAAAACAGCGUUGGUGAUAGGGGGCGCUAUCUUGACGUCCACUCCGUUACAGGACUCGACAUCUAUUUCCUUAUCGAUUCAUCUGCGAGUAUCACGUUGAAACACUUCAAAAAAGCAGUCAACUUUGUCAAGGCACUGGUGAAAAAGGUAGGUGUCACAAGUAAACCGAACGGAGCCAGGGUGGGUGUGACAACGUUUGCCGACGAUAUCUCUAUAAAGUUCGGUCAAAAUGAUCCAAAAAGCUCUGGGAACAAUGGCUUUCACGCAAGUCAGAAGCUGCCACAGGAACAAGUGCUCCAACUUUUGGACAACCUCACGUGGAGCGAGGGCAGCACUAAUAUCAGAGGAGCGCUUAAGUUUGUGCGGACUGUGAUGUUACCCAUGAGCCUUGAUUCUAGGCUGGGAGCCAAGCAGUAUUUGUUCCUACUCUCUGAUGGGGAAGAUAACGUGGGAGGAAGCCCAGAACCUGAAGCCAUGUUACUGAAAGAACCGACGAAUGGAGACCCACCGAUGGAGAUUUUUUGCGUGAAGAUCGGUUUGGAAGGCGAUGCAAAAAGAAAUGUGGAUAACCAGAAAAAGCUGCGAGCGAUCUCGUCCGAAGAGAAGUUUAACCAAAACGGCAGCGACCCGCACUUCUUUCGGUUAAAGAAUUUCCCAGCAUUCGAUAUUCUGGUGCAGAAGAUAGUUGAAAGGAGCAUAGACUAUUCUGAAUGCGGCAUAGCUGGUGUAGAGACGGGUGUCUCGACGGCCAACAUCAUUGGCGGUGACGUCGCAACCGAGCAUGCUUGGCCCUGGAUGGCCAGCAUUUCAGUGAAGGCAAAAAAUGAAGUUGGUAUCAACGCUUUCAAGCACAGUUGUGGUGGUACCCUCAUCAACAGCGAAUGGAUCCUCACGGCAGCACAUUGCUUCCAAGGAGAACUCUAUGAACAGAACCUGGGCAGAAUACGUGUUAAACUUGGUUCAAAUCAAUGGAAGCUGGAACAGGACAAUGAUGCGAUUGAAGUGAAGUCGAUGCACAUUCACAGGGGUUUCCCAGUAGAUGAAAACAAACUCAAACCUAUAACUGCCAACUUUGCGAAUGAUAUUGCUCUACUCCGGCUGAAGGUCUCGGCCAGACUCAGCGACAAAACGAGGACGAUUUGCCUGGCGAACAAUAGCGCUGAACACAAUGCACUUUACAAUGGAACUGUGAAAGGUGUCGUAGCUGGAUGGGGAUUUCAUGAAAACCGCACUGUUAACCUCGGUGAAAGACCUAAGCUUAAGUCGGAUGAUCUUCGUCAGGUAGAACUGGGCUUGAAGCAGAAAGGUUCCCCAAAUUGUGAACCCCCAGAUGAGGAGAUUGUUGUAUGCGCCGGAUCAUCUGCCAUGGAGGAUUCGUGCGUUGGUGACAGUGGUGGGCCGUUGAUGGUGCACACCGCCAGGAAUGCCGCAGGGGAGAGACGCUGGUAUCAAAUAGGGAUUGUGUCGUAUGGACAUGGCUGUGCCUUCGGCAACAAGAAACCUUACGCCCGAUACACAGACGUCCGUCACUAUCAAGACUGGAUCAAGGACACCAUUAAAAAAGCGACUGAAUUCGCAGAUCAAAGCAACUAAGAACCUUACUUUUACUCACCGCGGAAAUAAGCAAUUUAUAUCGCUGUGACCUGCAAUUAAAAUUGCUGCUGUGUGCAACAAAAUUAUCUCUCUUCUGCGGGUAAAACUAAUAAUCGCUCGGUUUGAUAUUGCACAGCUGCAGGUCACUGCGAUUUCCAAUUUUAGUUGUGGGUACGGCAAUGACCACGGCAAACAAGCGAUUAUCGUCACAUGUGAUUUAAAUUGCAGGUGUAGCAGCAUUUUGAAUUGAGAGUUUGCUGGGCGCUUUAAGGACUGGGUCUUACCAUUAUUGUCUAACAUCAGAAAAUAUUAGAUUUUAUACUCUAGAAUCUCAGGCUUAAAGCUGAUGGGUCAGAUAUAUCCUCCUGCAUUUAUAUUGUUACAACAGAUACAGGAGAAGUUUCUCAAUUGAUUUAUUUGUCUGUUUGGUCAGAUGUUGAAUCAAGUGCUGCGUGGGACCCCCCAAAAAAAAAAUUGCUGAUUUGUAGCGAAGGCUUAUAAAUCCCAAAGUCGUUUUGCCUCAGUAAAAUAUCCUUCAUUUUUAAAUCAGCUUUUCACAUGUAAAAGGGCCUUUGAAGAAGCAUUAAGAGUUAACGAAAGGCACGAUCAUUUUGGCUAGGACUUGAAAUCCUCUUAAAGCAAUAUGAAGUGAACGCCAAUUUCAAGGGCGGGAGUCUCUGUUCUCUUGAAAAUGAAAAAUAAAUGACUCAUCCCACCCUUGAAUGUAGCAUUCACUUUGUUUUGAUAGAGUUCUAAUUGUUUCUUGAUUUCAAGUUCUAUCCAUAAUCGUAGGGGUACACCGUCCGUAAUUACUGGUGGUCCACGAAAAUAGAAAUGCAGUUAUACACAAUGCUGUAGUGCAGUUAUUGUGCAUGCAAAUUUGCUGAAACUUUGUAUGAGUUGUAUUUGUAAAUCGGUCUAUACAGCGGCCUUGUUGAAGUUCAUAUUCAGCUCGUAUUUACACAAUUGAAACUUUUCAAAUUCGAAUACAAUUUUUUUACGAACGGCGGCAUUACCCCAUUGAGGCCUGCUGCCCUAUGAAGGUGAUGAAGUCAAAUCAAAGAUGUUGUAUUGUAUUUCAUUAUCGACCAAAAAAACAUACCAGGGUUUUAUUUACAUAAAUGAAUUACUCUAGACUUUGACUCUAUCGACUCGUUGUCUGCCCUGAGAAUUUGCACCAGGCUUCAGAUACUGGUAUCUGAAAACUAUUUCACCAAUUACAGGCUAUUGGCAAUUUCACAAGUCAUCAUUGGAAACAUUUCAUUAAACCGAUUGGAAACGUUUUAUCAACCUGAAAGAAAAAGCAGUUGCUUGAUUGCAUUUUACUUCCAGUGAUUGCUUCAAGAAUUUGACUCAAGCUUAUUACCCUGAAGUAAAAGUAUCAAUGAUUACUUGAGCUUUAAGCUAUUUUGCUAAGGUUCCCUUGAGGACCUUUGCAGCCCUGGCUGUACAAUUUGCUAUAUACAUAUAUUUUUUAGCCGAGGCAAGAUGAAAAAGAAGAGAAGAAAAUGUUGACCAAAGUAAAAGACACUAGAUAUUUAACUGCAAGAACAGUCACAAAAAGUCUACGUGACUGUGAGCAGUUCCAAACAAAAGAUGUUUGUCAGCAGCAAUGCGACAGUGACACAUUUGGAUUACAGAUUUCAGACUAUUUUACAAUCAAAAUGAAUUAUAUCUGCUAGCCAUAGUUGCAUUGAAUAUAAUUGAAAAAUAUAUAGAUAAAAUAAAAAUGGGUUGUUA